GGAGGCCACUUGCUGCUUGCUUUUUUCAUUGGCAUUUCCUCUCCCCACUCCACUCCGCCGGUUAAAAACCUCCCGCAAUCAAUCAAUCAUCGAGCAACACAAAGGGGGAAUCGGAAUCGGUCGCCUCCUCCCCUCCCCUCCCAUCCCCUCCCACCACCACCAACCCUUCUUCCCCUCUUUCUCUACUGCUCCGCCGCCGCCGCCGCCGCAUCCCCUGCUCUUCCUCCUCCCUUCUCCGGGCUCCGGUAGCCACCAGCAGCCAGCAAUCAGCUGCCUUUCCCUUUCCCCUCCCUUACCCGUGCGGCCGCCGGAUCGGCUGCCUAGCCUCAACAAGUCCCUUCCUGCGCCGGCGGUUUCCGCCCAGAUCUGAGCUCCUCGCCCCAACAAAGGUCCAAAGGUCCCGCCUUUCCGAUGGCCUCCUCGCCCACGGCCGCCCCCGCGGCGUCCUACUGGUGCUACCAGUGCGACCGCUUCGUCCGCGCCACGGCGGAGGGCGGCGACGGCAGCUCCCCGCCCGCCGCUGCCGCUGCCGCCGUUGCCUGCCCCUCCUGCGGCGGCGGCUUCCUCGAGGAGAUGGGCGCGCCCCCUCCCCGGGCCGCCUACCUCCGCCGCCCGCGCGCGCACCACCACCACCACCACCACCACCACGCCGCCGCCGCCGCCGACCUGCGUCUCCGCCGCGCCCGCCGCGGAGGAGCCUCGGGGGGCGCCGGCGCCGACUCCCGCGCCUCGCCCUUCAACCCCGUCAUCGUGCUCCGCCGCUCCCCCGCCGGGGACGCCGACGCGGCAGACGCAGCGGCCGCGGCUAGCAGCUUCGAGCUCUUCUACGACGACGGCGCGGGUUCGGGCCUCCGCCCGCUCCCCGAGAGCAUGUCCGACUUCCUCAUGGGCUCCGGCUUCGAGCGCCUCCUCGACCAGCUCGCGCAGAUCGAGGCCGGCGGCCUCGCCCGCGCCCGCGACAACCCGCCGGCCUCCAAGGCCGCCGUCGAGUCCAUGCCCGUCGUCGCCGUCGACGCCGCCCGGGUCGCCGCCGAAUCCCACUGCGCCGUCUGCAAGGAGCCCUUCGAGCUCGGCGCCGAGGCCCGGGAGAUGCCCUGCGCCCACAUCUACCACGCCGACUGCAUCCUCCCCUGGCUCGCGCUCCGCAACUCCUGCCCAGUCUGCCGCCACGAGAUGCCCACCGACGCGCCGCGCGGCGCCGGCGGGGCGCGGGCCGCCGCAGGCGACGGCGCCGCCGAGGAGGAGGCCACCGUCGGCCUCACCAUCUGGAGGCUCCCCGGCGGCGGCUUUGCCGUCGGCAGGUUCGCCGGCGGGAGGAGGCCCGAGGAGAGGGAGCUCCCCGUCGUCUACACGGAGAUGGACGGCGGCUUCAACAACGGCGGCGCGCCCAGGAGGAUCUCCUGGGGGUCAAGGCAGAGCCCGUCCACGGAGAGGGGCGCCAUCAGGCGCAUCCUGCGCAGCGUCUUCGCGUGCUUCGGCCGCGGUCACUCUUCUUCGCGGGCCUCGUCCUCCCAAUCACAGAUGAUGCCGGAGCUCAACGACGCGGCGUCCGACCGGAGCGCUGCUUUCAGCCAUGGGUCCAGGAGCCGGAGCACGAGCUGGCGGCUCGAGGACGGCCACGCAGAUGCCAUGGUGCAGAGAUGAGAACCACUACUGCAGAAAGCUUGUUGGUUGCUUGCUUGUUGUUUCAUUCAUGUAUUUACUUAAAACUUAGUAGCAAUUAGAACAAGAAGAAGAAACACGAAGGAUUUGUAGAACAGAGCAAUCGACUUAGGGGCUGUUUGGAUA